AUGCGCGUCCCUCUUCCGUCCUCCAGCAGGCUUCUCCCCGCUCUCCGCGCCUCCCAUGUCGGUCUCAGGAGGUCGGCCCCACCGCUCUCAAGGCCUCUAUUUAAUUUCCUGAGGCGCUCAAAGCCGGCCAAGCACCAGGAGCCAGUUCCUAUUUUGACCGAGGACAAUCUCUUCCACCCCUUCUCGAAAUCCCCAUUCCCCGCCGUGCGUGCCCGGAGUGAAGCUAUCCAGCAGCUCGCACCAUGUCCCGUCUGCGCCUCGUCACACAAUCAUAUCCACGCACACACCAAAGCUCAGCCAAAGGCCGUGAAGUUCGAAUGUCCGGAUUGCGGUUGGCCGUCACAUUGCUCGGAGGAACACUGGAAGGAGGAUGAGGAGCAUCAGAAGUAUUGCGCGAGGCUUCGCGAGGCCAAUGAAGAUGAGCAUGAUCUCCGGAGUGGCCGGCGAAUGCGAGAGUUCGAACUACCUGGUCCUCAGGGCUAUGAAGAGGCUAUAUCCUUCGCCAAUUGGGACGUAUUUUGGUAUACACGAGGGUUCGCCUCAAUGGACACCGAACGCUCGCGCCGGCACGCAAGUAAACUCUUGACAUAUCCAAUUACAAUUGCAGGGACGGUGCACCAACACAGCGGAUUAACUUUGAAUAAUCAACGCCUGACGCCGGAGGGUAGCCGGUCGCUUGCAGCUUUACGAAGUACCCUCCACGUCCCUAUAGGUGCACCUGAGACAGAGGAAGCGUCUGUAGGCAAGCCUCAAGUCCGGAUGUUUAUUCUAGGCGCACGAGCUGAAUCAUCAUUACCCCCUCAUGUUUGGGAGCAACUCUGCAUGGUCUUCCCUUCAACACAUUUCCAUAUCUUCUUCAUUGGCCCUCAAGUAUCCCUCCCGAAGCCCCCGAAAACCCCGCAAGCUGCUACGGAGAAACCGAAGGAGCAGCCCCAGCUAGAAGAACCAUCCGAGGCCAUCGAGAAGAAAGAAGAACCUGCCUACCUCCCCAACGUCUACCAACCCCCGACCCCAAAACCCAUUGAGCGCUUAAAACGUACUCGAUCGGCAAUCGAGCGAUACGGAGUGCCAUCAUACACCGUCCCAUACACCCCUCAAUUGACCAUCACAGGGAUGCAGGCUAAUUAUGCCGACGUGCACGCGCAGUUCCAGCAUACCCUAGAUCCCUACAGCGAUUUCUUUUUCUUCUUCUCUCCCGGCUUCGGUUUCCCCUCUCCGGAAUCAUUUGCGGAGAACGGCGAACCUCUCCUUCAGAUAGCCUCACCUACGGAAUGGGGUCCUGUCCUUCCUAUGCUUCUCGCCAGCAAAUGCUCCAUCUUCGUCACAGGAUUUUCACCCACUGACGUUGAGAGGGAUGUUCGAUCCCUUUCAACUGCUCCAGAAGUCGCCGGAGAAUUCGAAUGGAUCAUCACACCUGGCUCGAAUACCUUCGGAAGUGAGAAAUGGGAAGUGGCCGAUUUUGAUCCAAGGGUGAUGGUCAAGACGAACUGGGGUAUCUGGGGCAUUCGAGGGAAGAGUAGAGAUGUGCAAGAACAAAGAAGCGUCUUCUCGUUUUUAUCAUAA